AAAACUUAAAACAUAUCCAAAUCAAUACUCGCUGAUCAUUCAUAUCAACAAUUCCACCUCAGCAUUGAUUUUAUUCGUACAACACAAUACAACAAUACAAUGCAACAUGUAAUAACAAUCAAACAACCUAUUUCGUUACGUGGAACGAAUCCAACUCCCAAUUUGUUUGCACGUAUUUAUAUAUCAACCAUAUAAUAGUCUUCUUAUAUAUAACACAUUACAUUACUACUACUUUACGAACUCUUAAUUUGGCCCUUUUUCUCAUCUCUUAUCUUUUUUGAUUUAAAUACUUUUCCUUUCUCUUCCUUCUCCCUCCCUCUGCGCAUUGCUGUUGGAGUUGCACAAAAAGAAAAUGAUCAUGCAAGUUCCCGUGACACACAAACUCAACCAUCUCCUCAGUUUUCUUCAAAAUCAAUCUCAUCCUCAAUCUUCUUCCGUAGCUCUCAAUCUUUGCAAAUGGGGUGCUAUUUUUCUCGCUCUACUCGCCACUGUUCGCACCAUUCUCAUCAUCAAAUUCCGUCAAAGUCCCCCUUCUAUCUCUCCUCUCACCGUCGUAGAUGAAAGUGAUUACAGCGACGACGACAGUUGUUCCUCGUCGUCAUCGGAAUUUGAACAAGAGGACGAUGAAGAAGAGGUAGAAGAAGAAAAUGAAAAAAGAACAGGUGACUUUUUCCGAAUCAGAGGCUCCGGCAACGGUGAAAGCGGGUUUCUACGUAGUUGUUGUAGCAUUAGCGAUAUCUUUUCGUUUUCGGAAAUCGCGAACAGCGAAAGCGUCGUGAAACUUAGGGAUACAGUAGGGUUUGGAUUAGGAUUUGGAUUUGACGAUUUUGAUUCCUCCAGUGACGGCAGUAUUGUCUCCGUUUACGGCGCUAAUAAGGAGCAGAGGAAUUCGCCGGCAAUGGUGGUUUCUGCCGGAGAAAAUGCGUCGGGGAAUGUUGCAUUGAGGAUUUGGGACACGCGGCUACGGCGUCGGAUACCGGCGGUGAUCGCGGAGUGGGGGACUGCCGGCAUUGGAAAAACCGUUGGAAUUCGAACCGCUGGACAGAAUGUUUACAUCAGAGAUAACGGACGUUAUGAGUUAACGGUUGGUGACAUGUGGAAUGUAAGAUCGCCGUUACAGAAUGUAACGGAAUCUCAACUAGACUUGUGGUUAAAUUCCUACACGGUUAACAGAUAAUCCUCAGGAAGGACAGGGAUCAAGUUAUUUCUGUUAAAAAAAUGUAAUGUUAUUUUUAAUUUGUAAUUGUGAAUGAUGCAAUAUAUUAACUUAGUUAGACAAUU